AGCCUGAGACAUCAACCUAUGAAGACUGUGAAGACAAUCCUGAGUAGUAUUUGUGAAUUGUGUUGCUGAUAGACUUGUUUGUUCUGCAGAGCAUCUGUAGUGAAUCUCAUUGAUUGUUUUUAUUGGCCCAGAGCCAAAACUACUGGAUUCGGUUGACUUCAGGAUUAAAAGAAAACAGUCUUGGUUAUUACUAUAAACAUAUGAACCACUGUGAUGGUGAAAUGAGAUGAGGCUCCGAAAUGGAACUGUAGCCACUGCUUUAGCAUUUAUCACUUCGUUCCUUACUUUAUCUUGGUAUACUACAUGGCAAAAUGGGAAAGAAAAAUUGAUUGCUUAUCAACGAGAAUUUCUUGCUUUGAAAGAACGUCUUCGAAUAGCUGAACAUAGAAUCUCACAGCGCUCUUCUGAAUUAAAUGCCAUUGUACAGCAGUUUAGGCGUGUUGGAGCAGAAACAAAUGGAAGUAAGGAUGCUUUGAAUAAAUUUUCAGAUAAUACCCUAAAGCUAUUAAAGGAGUUUACAAGCAAAAAAUCUCUUCAAGUGCCAAGUAUUUAUUAUCAUUUGCCUCAUUUAUUACAAAAUGAAGGAAGCCUUCAACCUGCUGUGCAGAUUGGUAAUGAAAGAACAGGAGUUUCAAUAGUAAUGGGAAUUCCUACAGUGAAGAGAGAAGUUAAAUCUUAUCUCAUAGAAACUCUCCAUUCCCUUAUUGAUAACCUGUAUCCUGAGGAGAAGUUGGACUGUGUUAUAGUAGUCUUCAUAGGAGAGACAGAUAUUGAUUAUGUACAUGGUGUUGUAGCCAACCUGGAGAAAGAAUUUUCUAAAGAAAUCAAUUCUGGCUUGUUGGAAAUAAUAUCACCUCCUGAAAGCUAUUAUCCUGACCUGAGAAGCUUAAAGGAGACAUUUGGAGACUCUAAAGAAAGAGUAAGAUGGAGAACAAAGCAAAACCUAGAUUAUUGUUUUCUAAUGAUGUAUGCUCAGGAAAAGGGCACAUAUUACAUUCAGCUUGAAGAUGAUAUUAUUGUCAAACAGAAUUACUUUAACACUAUAAAAAAUUUUGCACUUCAACUUUCUUCUGAGGAAUGGAUGAUACUAGAGUUUUCCCAGCUGGGCUUCAUUGGUAAAAUGUUCCAAGCACCAGACCUCACUCUGAUUGUAGAGUUCAUAUUUAUGUUCUAUAAAGAGAAACCUAUUGACUGGCUCUUAGACCAUAUUCUCUGGGUGAAAGUCUGCAACCCUGAAAAAGAUGCAAAACAUUGUGAUAGACAGAAAGCAAAUCUGCGCAUUCGCUUCAGACCUUCCCUUUUCCAACAUGUUGGUCUGCAUUCUUCACUCACAGGAAAAAUUCAGAAACUCACGGAUAAAGAUUACAUGAAACCAUUACUUCUUAAAAUACAUGUAAACCCACCAGCAGAGGUAUCUACUUCUUUGAAGGUCUACCAAGGACAUACACUGGAGAAAACUUACAUGGGGGAGGAUUUCUUCUGGGCUAUAACCCCGAUAGCUGGAGACUACAUCUUGUUUAAAUUUGAUAAGCCAGUCAAUGUAGAAAGUUAUUUGUUCCAUAGUGGCAACCAAGAACAUCCAGGAGACAUUCUGCUAAACACAACUGUGGAAGUUUUGCCUUUUAAGAGUGAAGGUUUGGAAAUAAGCAGAGAAACCAAAGACAAACGAUUAGAAGAUGGUUAUUUCAGAAUAGGAAAAUUUGAGAAUGGUGUUGCAGAAGGAAUGGUGGAUCCCAAUCUAAACCCCAUUUCAGCCUUUCGACUUUCAGUUAUUCAGAAUUCUGCUGUUUGGGCCAUUCUUAAUGAGAUUCAUAUUAAAAAAGUCACCAACUGAUCAUCUCUUAAGAAACCAACACAUUUUUUCCUGUGAAUUUGUUAACGAUAGUUAAGCAUGUUCUUGUUUUUUACCUGAACACUACCUCUUGUGAAAUCUACUGUAGAUAAGAUGAUUGUCAUUUCCACUCGGAAAGGGAAUCACCCAUGGAUAAUUGUAUUCAUUUGAACCUAAGCUGUCCUCCAAUUUUAACUUAACUCAAACGUUUUAUAGUUAUGACAGCCUGUAAUAUGACUUGUACUAUUUUGGUAUUAUACUAAUACCUAAGAGUUGUACAUAUUGUUACAUUCCUUAAAUUUGAGAAAAAUUAAUGUUAAAGAAGUUUUAUGAAGGGGGUACUUUUGAAGUUCAUUUAUUUUACUAUUACCCUCUUUUAUAGAUUAUCAGGGAUUAUAUAUAUAUAUAAAUGUAUAAAUAUACAUAAAAAUGUUACGGAGUUAAUUUAUUAGAAACACUUAAGUACAUAUUUUUGUGCAGUAAAUUUUGAAUCAGAACUUUUUUUGAAAGCCAGUUACCUUGCUUUUUUAAGUUCUUUCUAUAUUUUUCUUUAGAAAUGCAAACAUUACAAAUUAAUGCCAUUUUUCAGAUCCACUGCCAUUUAAGAAUGAUUCUAGAUUGAUUUCCUAACUGAAGUACUUUUAUAAUCACAGUUAUGCUGAACAAAAUAUUUUCAAAGGCAUUUGUCAUUCCUUAAAGCCAAGAUUUUAAAGAACCAUGUCUUUCCUGACGGUUAUUUUACUAUUCUGUAUAUGGUGUAUAGCCGCAAAAAAUCAGUCUGAUAAUUUUAAUGUGCAGGGUGAUGCCUUCAGUCCAAAUUAUUAGAGACUUUAACUCAUUAUGUUUCCUCUGAUAGGUAUAAUGGCAAACUCUUCUUUGUUUUUUUGAAUCUGUGUCUUUAAUCCAUGAAUUAGAUGCAUUACCUCUUGCUGAUCCUUUUAUAUCUGCACUCAUUGUAUGAGUUCUGACAAAAUGUUUUCUAGGUAAUACCAUUGUAUGAAUCAUAAUUGGUUUAAUUUUAAAGAAAAAUAAAAUUGUAAUAUUGUUUUUUGGUGAAA